AUGUCCAAAAAGCAAGAUUAUAUUGCCAAAAUAAGAUAUGAGAAUAACUUACCACCUCCCACUGUUCCACCAAAAUUAUUAAAUUAUCAAAUAAAUCCUGAUGAAGACGUUGAUUCUCCACAAUUAAUAACUUCACUUUAUACAAGGACUAAUGUCACACCCCUAGUUGAUAUUAACGGAGACUUGGGCAUGCCAAUGGAUUUGAUGGAAAUUCCGGGUCUUUUAAACAAAAAUGAUACCAGAUAUCUGUACAGUUUCGAUAACGUGAAAUUAGAUCCAAAAGAUAGAAUUCUUCUCAGAGAUCCAAGGGUUGAUAGGCUAACCAAAACUGAUAUGUCUAAAGUUAAAUUUUUAAGGAGAACAGAGUAUGUUUCUUCUACUAUAGCGGCCAGUAAUACCAAGAAAAGACCAAGAAAUAGAUUAGAAGAUGACGAUGAUAAAGUGCUGAACCCCGCUGAGAUCGUCACUAGAGUUGAAAAUACUUUUGAAGCUAUGACGGACGAUUUAUCAAAACUAAGACAUCCUGUUAAGCGCCAUUUGAAAGCAACAAAAGUUUGGAAUUUGAUCCCAGACACGGCAUCUAUGGAUCAAAAUUAUUUUACUUUAAAAUUGGUAGGCAGUGCUGCUUUGGAUAAAAGAGAGAAAGAAGCCUUGGCUUUGAAAACUACUAUUUUCAGACCAGUCGAACUUGAAGAAGACGAAUGGAUGUCUAUGUAUACUACCGACAUGAAAGAUUCAGAAACUUUGGAAAAAAGUAUUGAAAGAGUUAUCGAUGAAAAUCUAACAGCUGAUGACUCCAAUAAAGUUUUUAGAUUUAGAAGAUUAAGAGAUUUCGAUAUGAAGCAAGCAAAAAGUACUGAUAGCAGUUUGAGUGAACUUGCAAUUGUAUUGAACAAUGAAAAAGGCGUCGCUUAUUAUAAGCCUCUACGUACGAGAAUCGAGCUAAGACGUAGACGGGUAAACGAUGUUAUCAAACCUUUGGUAACAGAACAUAACAUAGACCAAUUGAAUAUCUCCUUAAGAAAUCCAACCACAAGUGAGGUUAACACAAGGGAUAGGCUAAGAAUGAAAUUCGAUCCUAUCAACUUCGUGCCUGUAGAUGAAGAGGAAGAGGAGAAGGAAGAAGAAUCGAGAGAAGAUGACAUGAGUAAGGAGAAACAUGAUGAUAAUGAACAACACAAACAUGAAGACUUGGAUUCAACUCAAAACCAAAUUACUGGAAAGGCUGAUUCUAAGGAAGAUGAAGUCGAAAAGGCAACGCAACACCAAGACAGCCAAGAAAAUAGCUCUCAAAAGGCAGACAACGGUCAAAUGCAGGAGGAACCUGAAAACAAACAGGAAGAUAGUUCCACAAAGGAUUUUGAAAAGGAAAGUAGCGAAGAUACUGUAUCAGAAAAGGAAGAAGUAGUAACUUUAUGA